UGAAAUAGCCCUCGACGAACCUCUUUCUACUCCCUUCGGCGUUCGGCCCUUCCUCUCCACCUUCGCGGCAACCUACCUGCGCCUGCGAGCGUCGAUCGAUCCAUUCGUCUCCAUGGCGUGCAGCUUCUCCCCUUCCUCCGCCACGAGGCUACAGGCCGUGGACGCCGCCGCGGCGGCCGUGAAGAACGGCAGGGUUCCCAUCAAGGCCUCCGUCGCCCCUGCGCAGAGGUCGCUCGGCUGCUGCAGGGCGACCGCGCGGCAGGAAGGCGCCACCAAGGAGCCUAGCGUCGCAGUUUCUUCGGCCCGUACACAGUUGGACCUCCUGGAACAACUGACGUCCCCUACACUUGAUGGCAUUGCUGGCCUAGAGAAUGGUACACUCCCUGAACCCCGUCAAGGCGCAACUAUCCGCGAGCAGCUGUCGGCGCUGGCCAAUGGUAAGGUUGACGAGUUCACCCUACCAUUGGGCAAGAAGCUGAAGGAAGGCCUGAAGCAACUCAACCGUUUGACGGUGUCACAGAGGAGGAACAUCAAGAGGCAGGCCAUGCUUACCCAGGUCAGUGGACGGAAUGACUCGGUGUUCUUCGCGACCGUUGGGGCAUUUGUGCUCGUUCCACCUUUUGCCAUUCUAGCUAUUGCUGUCCUAACUGGUUAUAUCCAGCUCUUGCCUUGAACAUGAAGGCGCAGGCACCAGGCAGGUUCUUUAACUUGUCAUCUCCAGACUGUCAUAUAGGAAGAUGCCUUUGCUCUGCAGUAAAACUGUGUAUAUAUAGUAGCAAUUUGUAUGUGGGGUAAGUAGGUUUUGUGUUCAAGGUUGUAAGAACUUGAUGUGGCAUAGAUUUAGCAUAAGAAACAUCUAUGGAUCGAUAUGAACACGAGGAAGAACACACAUAGUACUGAAUACAAACAUAAAUAUAGGUGCAACAUGUAUCGAAAAAAAGGUAAUGUGUGUUACAAAUUUAUAA